CCCUCCUCGGCCUCCGGAGCCCGCCUCAGCCUGCCUCGUGCCGCCUCCUGCUUUCGCUGCCGGCCACGUCAUGGGAAAUAAAUAAAUAAUCCCAUUCAGCCAGUGACAGGGAGAGGAACCGGCGGCGGCGGCACCAUUAGCUCCAGCCCACCCAGCCUAAGCUAGAGAGAGAAAGAGAGACCGAGCCAGCUUAAUUACAAAGAGAGGGAAAAAAUGCCCCCUGCAGCAACAGCACCGCAGUAUGCUCCCCCUGAUGGAGGAUGGGGCUGGAUCGUGGUCUUCGGGGCAUUCAUCUCCAUUGGAUUUUCCUAUGCAUUUCCAAAAGCCAUCACAGUAUUCUUCAAAGAAAUACAGGAUAUCUUCCACACAUCAUAUAGCCAGAUAGCUUGGAUAUCAUCAAUCAUGUUGGCUGUCAUGUAUGCAGGAGGCCCCAUAAGCAGUGUCUUGGUGAACAGAUAUGGAAGCAGGUCGGUUAUGAUAGCUGGAGGGGUCCUAUGUUCCUUUGGAAUGAUUGCCUCUUCUUUCUGUAAUAGUGUCCUGGAGCUUUACAUAUGCAUAGGUGUUAUUGGAGGUUUGGGCUUAGCUUUCAACUUGCAGCCUGCCUUGACGAUGAUUGGCAAGUAUUUUUAUAAAAAGCGUCCCAUUGCUAAUGGAUUGGCCAUGGCUGGAAGUCCUGUAUUUCUGAGUACUCUUGCACCUCUUAAUCAGUUUCUUUUUAAUGCUUUUGGCUGGAAGGGAAGCUUUCUCAUUUUGGGAGGUCUUCUCCUGAACUGCUGUGUGGCCGGGUCACUAAUGAGGCCUGUUGGACCAAAACUAGCUCCUGCUAUUAAAAAAGAUGUGGAGAAGGCAAAAGAAGACUCUGUUUUGCACAAAAAUGACAAGAAAUCUGUUUGGCAAACUAUCAACAAAUACUUAGAUUUAACCCUCUUCAAACACAGAGGGUUUCUCAUUUAUUUGUCUGGGAAUGUUAUUAUGUUUCUUGGCUUCUUUGCCCCAAUUGUGUUCCUGGCUCCCUAUGCCAAGCACAAGGGGAUUGAUGAAUAUUCAGCAGCUUUUUUACUCUCUAUCCUGGCUUUUGUAGAUAUGUUUGCUAGGCCAUCAAUGGGUCUACUUGCAAACUCAAAAUACAUCCGGCCCAAAAUCCAAUAUUUUUUUAGUUUUGCUGUCAUGUACAAUGGGGUCUGCCACAUCCUGUGCCCGCUGGCCAAAAACUAUACCGGCCUGGUUGUGUAUGCUGUACUUUUUGGACUUGCAUUUGGAAUGGUCAGCAGCGUUCUUUUUGAGACAUUGAUGGAUCUCGUUGGAGCUGCAAGAUUCUCCAGUGCUGUAGGACUUGUUACAAUUGUGGAGUGCUGUCCGGUUCUUUUGGGCCCUCCUUUGGGAGGUUUGCUUGUAGACAUAACUGGAGAUUAUCAGUAUAUGUAUUUUGUCUGUGGAGUAAUUGUGAUAGUUGCAAGCAUCUGGCUAUUCAUUGGGAAUGCUAUCAACUACAGGCUUUUAGCAAAGGAGAAAAAAGUAGAAGAAGAAAGGCAGAGAGCACUAAAGAAUGCUGAUUCAAAGGAAGUAGAACCUUUGACCUACAGAGAAAGUGAAGAAGCAGUCGACAGAUCUAGCAAAUUACAAGACAGUCCAUCAGAACGAGAAACUAAUAUUUAAUAAGAAACAUGGUUCAAACUUAUAUUUAUGACUUCCAUUAGAAGUAUUUCUUCAAAGUACAGGCCAGGUUUUGUGGUAAUACCAUCAGUUACAAUGCUGGAUGGGAAUCAGGGUUUGCCCAGUCUCAAUAUCCCAACCAAUUAGACCAUGCUCCUGCUCCCUCUUCAUCACAUGUAGAAGAAAAACUACAGAGGGACUCCAUGUACAGUUGCAUCAUAACUUUUUAUCUUUCUACAAUGCCACUUCAACACUUGCUGCACUGCUGUUGUGCCAGGCAUCCUAUAAUGUGCCGAACCACUUACAGCAAGGCAAAGUCAUACAUCUUGCCUUGAAAUACGUAACAACCUGCAAAUCACAAAGUGUGCAUGUUGUUUGCAGAAGGCCUGCAGGAUCAGUUCUGUAUAGAAAGGGAAACUGUUAUGCUGCAGUCCUUUGAAAAAUCCAUACCUAUCCAGUUCUCCAUAUAUGGAAAGAAAAUGAUUGUGGCAUUGCAUAAUGCU